GACGAGAGCAAUAUGCAAGGUGUAUGACACAUGCUGAUGAGAAACCUGUCGCUGAAAGGUUCAGAAGUCUUCGUGAACGUAGAAACUGUCUGGCAAGAGAAGUCCGUGUUCAUCGCCUUGCAAAAAAAAACAUUGAUGAAUUUGAACCACAUCAAAAUAUCCAAAGACAAGCACUUGCAAAGAAAACCACUGAGCAAGUUUAG